AUGGUGCGGAAUCACCGAGAUGAUACUUCUCCAAGGCAUAGAGAGCAAGAUACUGGAAACCACCCAUUGGAAGGAGGUCAGGCUAUAGCGGAAGCUAUUCGCCAAAUAAUUGAGGUAGUGAGAAAUCAAAUGGGGCAAAGUCAACACGUUCAACAAGACCCCCAGAGAGGAGAUACGUGGGGAUGCCCAUUUGAGAGAUUCUUGAUUUAUCGUUAUCCAAAUUUCAUGGGAACGGAAGGAGCCUUAAGAGCCAACAAGUGGCUUUUAGAUUUGGAACGUACUUUCAAUAUUAGUGGAUGUACAGAGGAUCAGAAAGUUCAGUAUGUUGGGCAUUUAUUGCAAGGAGAGGCUAGCAUUUGGUGGGACACCAAGCAGCAGUUGCUAGCCCAAGAGUUGGGAGAUGUGGCUACUCUCACGUGGGAAUGGUUAAAGAAGGACUUUGAUAGUUGUUUCUUUCUAGAGACAGCCAAGCAACAACAAGCUUUGGAAUUUGCUAACUUAGUGCAAGGCAACAUGAUGGUUGAACAAUAUGCAACUUUAUGGAAUUAG